AGAAACAGGAUUGGCCAUUGCACAAAUUGGAGUGUUCUGCCAUGUGCGUGUUUGGACAGAACUGGAAUCCCUCUGAGACAGUCAGACUCACAGCAAGAAUUCUUGCCAAACAGAAAACACACCUGGAAAGGACUGAGUCAGAGAAACUCCUUUCUAUAAAAGAAUUUGAAUCCCAUCUUGAUAAGCUUGACAGUGAAAAGAAGGAGCUGAUUCAGAAUGACAUCUCUGCUCUUCACCACUUUUAUUCGAAGCACAUAGAAUACCCUGACAAUGCGGCUCUGGUGGUUCUUUUUGGACAGGUUAACUGUAAUGGCUUCACAAUUGAAGAUGAAGAACUGUCACACUUGGGAUCAGCAAUAUUUCCUGAUGUGGCACUUAUGAACCACAGUUGUUGCCCCAAUGUGAUUGUUACCUACAAAGGGACAGUGGCUGAAGUCAGAGCGGUUCAAGAGAUUGAAGCAGGAGAUGAGAUUUUUACCAGUUACAUUGACUUAUUAUAUCCAACAGAAGAUAGGAAUGAUCGAUUAAGAGAUUCCUAUUUCUUUACCUGUGAUUGCAGGGAAUGCUUUACUAAAGAAAAGGACAAAGAUAAAUUGGAAAUCCGUAAACUGAACGAGCCUCUGUCAGCAGAGGCCGUGCGAGAUAUGAUCAGAUAUGCCAGAAAUGUGAUUGAGGAAUUCAGGAGGGCCAAACAUUACAAAUCCCCAGGUGAACUCCUGGAGGUUUGUGAGCUCAGUCUGGACAAGAUGGGUUCCGUGUUUGCAGACAGUAAUGUUUACAUGUUGCAUAUGAUGUAUCAGGCCAUGGGAGUUUGUCUAUACAUGCAAGACUGGGAGGGUGCUUUGCGCUACGGGCAGAAGAUUAUUAAGCCAUACAGUAAGCACUAUCCUUCUUAUUCCCUCAAUGUGGCAUCUAUGUGGCUAAAAUUGGGAAGACUUUACAUGGGCUUGGAAAACAGACCAGCUGGUGUUAAGGCUCUUAAGAAGGCAAUCGCUAUCAUGGAGAUAGCGCAUGGGAAAGAUCAUCCAUACGUUAUAGAGAUCAAAAAGGAAUUAGAGGCCCACUGAGUCUUUGAAUCUAUGUAAUCCUUCAACCUUUCUUUAAAAGCCUUGCUAUGGAAACUUCAGGAGUGCUUUGAAAAUUGAUGUGGAAUGAAAGCUUUUCUGUAAAAUAAUUGGAAUGACAAACAUGUGGUGCAUUUGGGCCUUGCCUCUUCCAUUCUCUGAGGUUUAUGUGAAAUAUCUUAAGCCUUGAUAAAUUAAUUCUAAAUGCCUUUUCCUCCCUAAGAAAAUGCCAUGGUUUCACACAGCUAAUGCCUUUGAUUGAUCAUGUGCAGAAAUGACCAGUUCUUUUCUCAACUGAUUUUAAUGUAUUGUGUAUCUUAUGCAAAACAACUAAUUAAAUUUGGACAACCCUGCUUGACCCUG